UACCAUCCAUCCCAUAACAAAAAGGAAACCGGUAGAUAUAUUCUUUAACAGAACAGCUAGGGUAAACUACCAAGGCUUAAGGGACUUUAGGGAUCAAACGCAUGAGAAUAUCAAAGCUUUGUUACUACAUGAACAAGAAGCUAGAAAUGCAAGGAUCAAUUCAGAACGCUCGCCACCCAAAGAAUAUAAUAGUGGCGAUACUCUGUUCAUAGCAAAAAGACAAAUAAAGGGGAAACAAUAGCCUCUAUUUAAAUAAGAAACAAUCGCAGAAAAUAGAAAUGCGACAAUAGUAACUGAAAGUGGGAAAAAAUUCCACAAAGCAGAUAUAAAAAAUGUGUAAGAUAACAUUAGACAAAAGGUUAAUAAGAAGCUUAAGAUUACUAGAAUCCGGCGGUUCGGAAUGCAAGCGUUUAUGCGUUUGUAGUCGAUGAAGUCAUAGUGGUUCAAUUCCACCUCGCUCAGUGGUGUGAGAUGGCAGAUUCGAGGUGGUUCAACUCCCCCACGGUAAUCUUCUGCUUAUUUGCGUGAAGCCACCCGUGCCAUGAGUAGGUAAUUUGCAAUUAUAAACGCUUAUGACUAAAAGGGACCAACGCGGACCUUCCAUAGACAAAUAAUACCUAUAGUCCGAUGCAAAAAACCAUAAAUACACAUUCUGCUAAAUAAGUACGCAAAAGUAACAAAUGUAUAGAAGAAUAAUCUCCAAAAAUAAAAAAUUAAAGAAAAAUGAAAGAACAUGCAAAUAUGAUGCAAAUGCAAAUGCUAAACAAAUAAAAAAUGGAGAAAGUGAAUUCUCACAAAAAAAGGGGAAACAAGAUUGCAUGAAAUUUAUUACUACAAUUAACUUUCAUUUAUCGCAUUAAACACUUACCACUAAUUAAUUAACAAUUAACACAAUUAACUACUUCACUACUGGGUUCCCUAAGAAAAUAAACAAUAACAAAAGAACAUGCAAAUCUCUCAAUUUUGUCACUAUUCACCCCAUGCAACUCAAAACUAGAAUAAGGAUCUUAGGUUAAUUAAAAACAUAAAGUUAGAUAACUAGUUAAAUGAGUAGAAUAGUUAAGAGAAAAAGGAUAUGAUUAAGACGAAAUUUAGAAUUAAGACUUUGAGUAGAAUAAAAAAUAUAAUAAUGCAAAAAAGAUAUGGCUAAGACGAAUUUUAGAAUUAAAACUUUGAAUUGUAGAGUCACUAUAAUAACGUGGGUAUGGGUAAUAAACCAUUAGUAGACUAAUGUAUUAAUCUAAUCCGUAGCACGUGCAUCUGCGCCAUUGCGCUUUCAUAUGACCUAUUCAAGAUAGACUCACCCCUAGUAACCAUACGAGAUGGGUAUGGAUGGAUCAUCGAUGGACACUUCAAGCUAAUUCAUGUGCUAGGCAGUAUCCGCACACGUUUAAACGAACUAAGAGGUCACGAGACGGCUAGAUUAAAACGAUCUAUUAACUGGAUUGGCUCAGCUUGGAAAUGGAUUGCUGGCUCACCUGAUGCUACGCACUGGGAUGAGGUCCUCCGAAACGAAAAUUCCCUUAAUAAAAAUAACGAGCAGCAAUACAAGGUGAAUGAUAAAAUUUUUAAGAAAACUAAUCAGUUAUUGCAGAGGCUCAAUGGCAUUGUGGUCGCCACCAAUGAUGUAAUCAACAAGAGGAACUUGGACAGGAUUUCUCAAGAAGUCCAGCAUAAAAUCUUUAUCCUGAAUGAAGACGUCAACGAACUGAUCCGUGCUGAUGGCUAAGGCAGAAGUCGUCAACACCAAUCUUCUGAGUAUAGAGGAAGUUAACCAGCUUGUCAGUGAGAUCGACGUUCUUCCAUACAGCAACGCCAUCGAAGCCAUUGAAUAUAGCAAACCAUCGAUCUACACCAACAACACACUCCUCUUAUACGUGUUGUCCCUACCAAAGGUCACAGAAGCUAGAUUUAAUCACCUGAUCGCAACAGAACGGCGUCCGAGUAGAAUUGGCAUAUCAAACAAUCCUGACCUGACUCGUCUUCUCAAGGGAGGACAAACAAGUUGUACUUACGCCACCUGUAACGAUUCCACUGUUGAAAUCAUCAAGGAUGAUACCAUUUUCCCUGACAAUUUUAUAGGGAUUGUAAAAUCAGGUAACAAUUCAAAUACACUUAAUGGUUCUUAUAUCCUCCAGAUGGACAAUGAGACCGUAGCAAUCAAUGGCAAAAACUACUCGAGUACUAGUAGAUCAGGAGUACAGGUGCUUCCACCAAUCUUGGCCAGCGUCACUAACCGCAGUGUGGUAAUGAACCUUAACCUAAUACACGGGAUGACAUCUCAUAAUAUCAAGCUCCUGGGAUACCUCAAGGAGAAAACCAAUUGGUUUGCAUUCACCGAAGGUUUGGUGUUAGUCAUACUAAUGUUAUCGCUUUGGCACAUUUGGAGAAGGAUUACGGCGAAGAUACACCUACCUGCAUUGAACAUUGACAACAAGGCUAAUUCAAAAACCGAGGAACGUCCAUCUAAUCUGCGGGACGCAGAUCUUUAAAGGGGGAGGAGUUAACACAUCCGCCGACACCCAACAUGUUGCAUUCCCACAGUCCGGCAAUACACGUGCGCCAUGUCAGCAUAAUUGUGGUUCACAACAUAAUUGACAUCCUACACCUUUGUCAAGGCCAAGUGCAUUUCAUCAUAUCAUGCAAUAGCAAUAUUAUGCAACGCUAUCAGACACCUAUGGGAACCGUCGGCCACCUCUGGCUUAUGCUUACGCAACCAUUAGUAUAACGGAGCCAAUGCAUUAGGCAUUGCAGCGGUGUCAGCAUAAUUUCAUUUCACACGGUUUGAAAUCAGUGUGUUGCAUAUUCCAAGUUACCUGUGGGAAUUCAAGGCCAAGACGGCUCACUGACGUCGCCUAUGUCUGGCUAUAGAACAACGGCAGCGGAACAGGUUAUAAAGGGCGGCAGAACUCGGAGCAGCGGCAGUUUCAUCGGGGUGUUACUAUAGUCAAUUAGGCUUAUUUAUUUAUCUCAAUAAAGACCUUUUAUUAUAACGUUUAAAUUACCUCUUUUAAUUCCAGGGCAAAUUGACCCUUUAAUUUUUUUUGUUGUUCAGGACCUUC